GAGACCAGACAUUUGGUGUCUCCAGAAGUCUACUGAUAGUUAACCUUACCUGUAAAACAUGGCGACCUCCAUUACAUCUAUUUUAUUACUAUUUGUGAUUUCUUUAUUGGAUGAGAGAGUGUUUGUUUGCGGUAUUGAUGAAGGUGACUUCGAUUAUGAUGCCCUUCCUGGAACACAACAUGAAUUCAAGAUAGAAGUUAAAGCCGGUGAUGAGGACUGCUUUGCCCAGAAGGUGGCGCUAGGAGCAGUGUUUCACGUGCAGUAUGAGGUUUUGAGGGGCGGAGACAGAACUAUUCGAAUGAUAGUGAUUGACCCGAGCUUAAAAACAAUUCAGCACGAAGAUUCAAAAUCAGAGGGCUUCAUCAACCACAAAGCCACGAUGGAGGGGUACCACCACGUUUGUAUAGACAACACACACUCCAGAUUCUCCGGGAAGCUCGUGUACAUCCAUAUUGUAACUUAUAUAAUGGAGGAAUGGGCCAAAUAUAUGGAAGAAAUCCAGAGUGUCAGCCUCACCGUACAGAACUUUUCCAGGUCACUGACUGACGUGCAGACCUCUGUAGACACAGUCAGAUUCCACCAAUCGGAAAGCCGUAUGCACGUGGUGCGGGACUGGUAUUUAGCAAUAGGAAAUAACAAACACAUCAUGUACUGGUCCAUCUUCCAGAUCAGCAUCAUCAUGAUGACGUCAGUAUUUCAGAUUUUCUGUCUCCGGAGAUUAUUCAGCACCACAGCAGUGACACCGUCACAAAAACCCAGAGCCUAGCGACCUUAAAUUGG